AUGUCUAUGGAAGACGUAACACUCAAGACUCAGGUAUCAAGGACACGAUGCACGAAGGACGACAAAUGGGGUUUCAAUUAUGAGACAGGGACCACGUGGGUAUCCAAAGGUUGCAGAGGAGAGUUUUGUAUACACUUUAAAGAACCUGAACCAACAACUACACAAGGUCCGACAAGUCCAUCAACUCAACCAGGUACAUCAGCUACACCAGGUUCAUCAGCUACACCAAGUACCUCAGCUACACCAGGAUCAUCAGCUGCACCGAUAACAUCAGCUUCACCAGGAACAUCAGCUGCACCAGUUACAUCAGCUGCACCAGUUACAUCAGCUGCACCAGUAACAUCAGCUGCACCAGUUACAUCAGCUGCGCCAAUUACAUCAGCUGCACCAGUUACAUCAGCUGCACCAGUUACAUCAGCUGUGCCAGUUACAUCAGCUGCACCAGUUACAUCAGCUGUACCAGGUACAUCAGCUGCACCAGUUACAUCAGCUGCACCAAGUACCUCAGCUACACCAGGAACAUCAGCUGCACCGAUAACAUCAGCUUCACCAGGAACAUCAGCUGCACCAGUUACAUCAGCUGCACCAGUAACAUCAGCUGCACCAGUUACAUCAGCUGCGCCAGUUACAUCAGCUGCACCAGUUACAUCAGCUGCGCCAGUUACAUCAGCUGCGCCAGUUACAUCAGCUGCACCAGUUACAUCAGCUGCGCCAGUUACAUCAGCUGCGCCAGUAACAUCAACUGCACCAGUAACAUCAGCUGCGCCAGUUACAUCAGCUGCGCCAGUUACAUCAGCUGCGCCAGUUACAUCAGCUGCGCCAGUUACAUCAGCUGCGCCAGUUACAUCAGCUGCGCCAGUUACAUCAGCUGCACCAGUUACAUCAGCUGCACCAGUUACAUCAGCUGCACCAACUACACCAGCUUCACCAGUUACAUCAGCUACACCAGAGGUGAACGAAUGUUCUACGGCGAAUGGUGGAUGUACACAAAUCUGCACAGAUACUUUCGGAUCAUUCGUUUGCAGCUGUCGCGAUGGGUUCUCUUUGCAAGACGGCAAUGCAUGCAUAUAUCAGAAGUUGACCUUAGCAGGAGAAGGCGGUCAGGAUAUUAUUCUUGGUGUAUAUGAGUUGCAAGAGGAAAGAAAUGAUGGUCGUGUAGUUUAUAAAUAUGACGUUUUCUAUCUAUAUUAUAUCAGUUCGUAUGGCGACUGGAAUAUAGGAACAGAUCUUGGAAGCACCAAAAUCUAUGGUUAUUUUACCGAUGCACUCCCUCAAACUCAAUAUCCGGAAGAUUUACAGAGUUAUAUGAAAGUAGCUGGUGGGAACGGAUUUGUAGAUACUACUUACGUGAUAACACCAUACACAGAUGAUGCUGUACUGUAAUUCUACAUCCCGAUGAAUAAAUCAUGGAGGUACACGUGGGGAUGCAUUAGCUGCGGCAUCACUCAUUAAUGUACCAAAUUCCCUCGGAAAAUCGUGUUUACACAACACCACUCUUUACAUAGCCACUGGGGAGUAACGUGAUGCAAUUUUUGCAACAAAAAAUGUCUUAAAAUGCAGCAUGUUUUGUCACUUCCUGUUAUAUAAUUUCCUGUUAAGUAUUACGUCACCUCAAGAUACGAUCUAUAAUUUUUUUAAAUGCUCUUAGUACUGUAUUUACUUUUAGCAUCACCAAGAAGCAAGAAAUUCAGUUUUAGUUCCUCGCUUUUGAUGCAAUACACGACCCUGUUUAUUAUCAAUGAUACAAAAACACGUACAAAUUGCUGAUGCAAAAACGCCAAUAUA